UGUCGAUGUUGCCGCUAUCCAUUGAAAAGUUACAUUUUAUUUUAUAAGACGUUUACCGUGUACCACCUUUUCAAAGACUGCUCGAGUCGUCUGGGGGUAAUUACCCCCUAUACCCCCUCCCCCCACGUGGGAGCGCCAGUGAUAAAAAAUGGAAAUCAUCAAAUUAAUUAUUUUAAUUUCGCUGCCGGCAUCAAAUUUGAGCCUGCUAUCUUCGACUCGGAUGUCAAGAAAUCCUUCAAAUUCAAAUCCACGAUAUACUACCCUAUCCCUAACCAUUCCACGGUGUCCCCCAUCGAAUCCUGCGGGACUUCCAGGCCGGGUGAAUCCAUAAAACAAACGCUAUCGCAUGGGCGACUGGUCGCGCGCCGGCGUCUGUAUAAAGCCGGUCGCGCCGGGCAGCAACGUCAGUUGUCGUCAGCUGUUUGCUCGAGUUACGCUGUUUUCAUUCGUUUCCACGGCCAACGCGACCGUCUCGCCGGGUGUCUACUGCCGUUUUCGAUUUCCGAUCGUCUUCAUUUGUCAACGUAAACUGGAAAACAUGGCCACCUACGCCGCUUACAGACACAUCGAAUUGGACAAAGUCGGCUACAGCAAAAAGAGGUGA